AUGUUGGGGGUUGGAGGGAUGGAAGUGGAUGAGAAGAAGUGGAGAAAGCGAAAUGCCCUGCCCUGGGGCACAGAGAAGAGAGAAAACGAGCUGCCAGACGUCUGGCGAGAUGAGUCGAUCUUCGGUACGGUGGAGUCACUUGCCUUCGAGCGACAUCUGCUUUAUGCUUGCAAAAUGCGUCGACUGAAACACAAGAAAUUCGGACUUGGAGCGACACCUGGAGGCAAAGAACAUCGCCACGACUUGAAAAAGCACCCUUUCUUUCAAUUGCAUAUCCAUCUCAAACGAGGAGUCAGUUUAGUAGCGAUGGAUUCGUGUGGUACCAGUGACCCUUAUGUGAAGUUCAAAAUCGGAGGGAAGUUGAUGUACAAAUCAAAAAUCGUUUACAAGGACCUGAAUCCAUAUUGGGACGAGUAUUUCACGUUACCAGUGGAAGACGCAUUCGAACCUGUGUUGAUUAAGGUCUUUGAUUAUGACUGGGGCUUCCAAGAUGACUUCAUGGGUUCAGCCAUCAUUGAUAUGACCAAGUUCGAGCUUUACAAACCUGCAGAACUGGAACUACCUCUAGCAAUAGCAGGCAAAGAGGAAUCCGCCGGAGAACUUCACCUGACUGCCACAUUGUAUCCAAAAAGUCAAGAGGAUUGGGAAGAAAUGCUCGAGCUACGCAGUGAAGAAACUGCCAACGCUCUUGUCACUGUCAGCAAAAUAAUACAAAGAAAUCAGUCAUCGUCAUACGAGGAAUUGAGAUUGGCCAAUUUUGGAGAAAAUCAAGGAAGUGGUGACCACUUCUUGGCCUUGAGUGAGGCUCAGUGA